UUAAAGAUGCGCUUCGUAGUAGUUUUCGCCCUGUUGGCUUUUCUUGCCAUUUCCGCUGUGAGGGCAUUUCCAUCUACAGACAGUGGAAGUGAUCAAGGAAGCUCUAUUGAUCAACCGGUUAUUCGUCCAUUUCCCUGUUGGCCGUGGCCUAAUCGGUUUGGCUUCCGCCCUGUUGUUUUAAGCACAGCCCCUACCAAGGCUGUGACAUAAGCCCGUUCCAAAACUUUCCAAAAACCUUUUUUAUUGUCUAAUAAAAAAGUCACCAGAAUUACUCGGCUUGUAAAACUUUCCACUGAGCAAUUGUUCAAAUACCAAGAGCGUAAAUAAAAAUUUCUGGUAAUAUCUAUGAA